AUGCCACCUCCCACAGCAUCUGACCUAUGGCUCACCUCGCGUCGCUUUGGGUUGGUGAUAGAUGCCGGCUCAUCGGGAUCUCGGCUGCAGAUAUAUAGCUGGAAAGAUGCUCGUUCUGUCAGGCAAACCCUAGACCUCGAAGCCCUGGACAGGUUACCGCAGGUCGAGAAAGGUGUACCUUCUGGUGAUGAUUGGCUUCAUAAAGUCGAGCCGGGUAUCUCUUCAUUUGCGCAGAACCCAAUGGGUAUUCCAGAAUAUCUUGCGCCACUCCUUGAGCACGCAAAGGACACGGUGCCCCCAUCCUUACACCGAGAAACUCCGAUAUUCCUCCUUGCAACGGCUGGAAUGCGACUUCUCCCCAAAGACCAGCAGAAUAGCAUAAUCGAAGCCACGUGUAUGUUCUUCCGAGCCAAUUCCAGCUUCCGACUUGAGGCGCCGUCGAUAAUCGGACCAUGUGGAUCAAGCGUGCGAAUUAUUAGUGGAGAGGAGGAAGGUAUAUUUGGCUGGAUUUCUGUCAAUUACUUGAUGGACGGCUUCACUGGACAUGACCAACAUCAUCGUGGAACAUAUGGUUUCCUUGACAUGGGCGGGGCAUCAACUCAGAUUGCGUUCGAGCCAGGCCCCUCGGAGCGUGAAUCAAUGUCUCAUACGACUGCAGACACUUUGAUUGACGUCCGGUUGCGCUUGUUGAGUGGAGAAGAAAUCGAGCAUCCCGUGUUCGUCACAACUUGGCUAGGAUACGGGACGAAUCAAGCUCGCGAACGAUACAUCGGGUCACAAGUGAAGAACUGGUUAUCGUCCGGACAUGGAUCCACAAAUUCCAUUCCAGAUCCAUGUCUUCCUAAACAACUCAAUAUCCCCCUGUCACCUCAAGCCAUUCCGGGGACAGAUGCGAAGGCCGGGGAGUCCCAUGAAUUGAUUGGGACGGGCUCGUUCGAACAAUGCUUGGUGCAGACCGCUCCGCUACUGAACAACGAUCGUCCAUGUCCUGAUGUGUCAUGCCUUUUCAAUGGUGUCCCAGCUCCGCGCAUUGAUUUCUCGCUCUCUAAAUUCAUCGGCGUUUCGGAAUACUGGUACUCGUCCGAGCACGUUUUCGGACUUGGUGGAGCAUAUGACGUUGUUCAGUAUGAGCGCGCUGCUAUCGAAUUCUGUUCGCGGGAAUGGUCGGAUAUCGUUCAAGAGCACAAGGAGACACAUUUUGACGAGUUUGGGAAGCCAAUUCCACCUGGUACAUGGGGUAAGGAAGUUGGUCUGAAUCGUCUACAGCUGCAAUGCUUCAAGGCAGCUUGGGUCGUUAAUGUCCUCCAUCAGGGGAUUGGACUUCCCCGGAUUGUUGACUCUGGGGGCAAUCAAACCACGGGAGAGGCUGGUUCGGCUGAUGAGAAAGCCAAGGCAAAAGGGCUUGGACCGAACCUCGUCGGCCCAGCCACUUUCCAGAGUGUCGACACUAUUGGCGACACGGCGGUAAGCUGGACACUUGGGAAGAUGGUGCUGGAAGCAAGUAAAGAGGUACCACCU